CCAUGGUGGCUUAUUGCAGCAAACGCUCUCCCGCUUGGACCACUGCGGAGCUGCUCAGUAUAUGGGGAGAGGAGGCUGUGCAGUCCCAGCUGCGCUUGAGCUGCAGGAAUUGGGACACCUACAGGCUUGUGCGAAAAGGGGUACGAUUGGGACAUGUAGCAGUACAGAGUGAAGAUAAAGGAGCUGAGGCAGGAGUACCAUACGACGAGGGAGGCAAACCGUUGCUCCGGUGCUGCACCUAAGAUCUGCUGGAUGCUGGAUGCUAUCCUCGGUGGUGACCCCACAUCCAUCACCAAGAGCCCCAUGGAUACUUGGGCGGGCCUGGACGUGGCGAAAAGAGGACCUAAUCCAGAGGACACAGUCAUUGAUGAAAAGGUGGAGUUAGACGACAAUGUGGAGCUCCUGUCGGGGUCGCCCUGUGGAGCAGGCAGCCAGGAACGGUUCACCACUCCAGAGGUGUCUAGCCAGUCUCAGCAGUUGCUCUCUGGUGAGCAAGAAGCAGGAAAGGAGAUGCCUGCAGAUGUGGCCUUCAGGAACACCCUACACACACUGGCCAAGCGUCUCUGCCAGAUAAGAAAGUGCCCAAGACGGAGCAAAGACGACAUGUUCUGGGAAGUACUGCACUUCUCCGAUGCAGAGAAAAGGGAACGCAAGGACUGGUGGAAAGCUGAAAGGCAGGACAGAAAAGAAAAUCAUGAGUUUGUUAAGGACGCUUCUGAGUGGAUGAUUAAAGUAAUGGAGGAGCAAAUGCAGCUGCUGGAGUCCUUAAUAAUGCUGCAGCCUGAGCAGAUGCAUGCCUGCCCUCCCCUGCAGCACAUUCAGAACUUUUUUCCAUGCCCCGCCCCAAACUUCACCCGCACAGUCCUUUCCGCUUUCCGGGACUUCUUGGUUUCCCCUUCACUCCACCCCCUCAGACAACUUUCAUAA